AUCUGUGAGAAAAACUAUCAACUUUUUGUAGAUUGAGAAAGGCAUAAUGCAUAUGCUCAGGGUUACCUUGCUUGGUCUGGCUAUGUGCCUCCUGACCCUCUUCAGGAUCGCGAUGAUCUUCAUGGCCAUGGCAACCAUUCUAGCUGGAGCGUCGAUGAUUCUGCUCACUGUUCUCAAGAAAGCAAAUCGCAUGAUUAACGCCGCUCUCAGGGAGAUAUUCACGCUUGGUGGACCUGGCAGGGCAUAAAGAGAGCUACAGACGAGAUGGCAGAGAAGGCUUUACGCAUCUGUAGGACGAGAGGAUGAGGAUAUUGCGAAAUAUACUCGACACAGGAGC